CGGAAGUGGCGGGCGGCCCCGCCUUCUGCCCGGGUCUGUGUGGAGCUGAGGGCCCGCCGGCUUUGAGCAUCCCUGGCCCGCCAGGCGGGAGGUCCCGAAGCUGUGGCACCGGAGGCCGAGACUCGGCGCGCUCCCGACAUGGCCAGCUCAGGAGAGGACGUGUCCAACGAUGGCGAUGUGCCCCCUGCUGCAGCCUCAGUGGCGGACGACGCCCACCUGCUGGGCUUCUCGGAUGAGAUCCUCCUGCACAUCCUGAGCCACAUCCCCAGCACAGACUUGGUUCUGAACGUCCGGCGCACCUGCCGGAAGCUAGCUGCACUGUGCCUGGACAAGAGCCUCACCCACACGGUGCUGCUGCAGAAGGACUACGAGGCCAGUGAGGACAAGGUCAAGCAGCUGGUGAAGGAGAUCGGCCGGGAGAUCCAGCAGCUCAGCUUGGCUGGCUGCUACUGGCUGUCAGGCUCCACCGUCGAGCAUGUGGCCCGCUGCCGUGGCCUGGUGAAGGUGAACCUCUCGGGCUGCCACCUGACCUCCCUGCGCCUCUCCAAGGUGCUCUCGGCCCUGCAGCACCUGCGCUCUCUGGCCAUUGAUGUGAGCCCCGGCUUUGACGCCGGCCAGCUGAGUGGCGAGUGCAAGGCCACUCUGAGCCGUGUGCGGGAGCUCAAGCAGACGCUGUACACGCCCUCGUACGGUGUGGUCCCCUGCUGCACCAGCCUCGAGAAGCUGCUGCUCUACUUUGAAAUCCUGGACCGCACGCGUGAGGGCGCCGUGCUCUCGGGCCAGCUGAUGGUGGGCCAGAGCAAUGUGCCGCACUACCAGAACCUGCGGGUCUUCUACGCCCGCCUGGCCCCCGGCUACAUCAACCAGGAGGUGGUGCGCCUGUACCUGGCCGUGCUCAGCGACCGCACGCCCGAGAACCUCCAUGCCUUCCUCAUCUCCGUGCCCGGCAGCUUCGCUGAGAGCGGGGCCACCAAGAACCUCCUGGACUCCAUGGCCCGCAAUGUGGCGCUGGACGCCCUGCAGCUGCCCAAGUCCUGGCUCAACGGCUCGUCCCUCCUGCAGCACAUGAAGUUUAGCAACCCUUUCUACUUCAGCUUCAGCCGCUGCGCCCUGUCUGGCGGCCACCUGAUCCAGCGCGUCAUCAACGGCGGGAAGGACCUGCAGAGCCUGGCCAGCCUAAACCUCAGCGGCUGCGUGCACUGCCUGGCCCCCGACUCCCUGCUCCGCAAGGCGGAGGACGACAUUGACAGCGGCAUCCUGGAGCCUGUCUGCUCCGUCGCCGACUCAGCGCCGCGGGCUGACCGCGCGCCCGUCCAGCCCGCCAUGCACGCUGUGCCCCGUGGCUUUGGCAAGAAGGUCCGCAUCGGCGUGCAGUCCUGUCCCCACCCCUUCUCCGGGCAGGCGGGCCCGCAGCCGUCCUCCGUGUUCUGGUCGCUGCUGAAGGACGUGCCCUUCCUGGAGCGCCUGGAGCUGAUCGGGUCCAACUUCUCCUCCGCCAUGCCGCGCAACGAGCCCGCCAUCCGCAACUCCCUGCCACCCUGCAGCCGGGCGCAGAGCGUUGGGGACUCGGAGGUGGCCGCCAUUGGCCAGCUGGCCUUCCUGCGGCACCUGACGCUGGCCCAGCUGCCCAGCAUUCUGACGGGCUCCGGGCUGGUGAGCAUCGGCCUGCAGUGCCAGCAGCUCCAGUCCCUCUCGCUCGCCAACCUGGGCAUGAUGGGGAAAGUGGUCUACAUGUCUGCCCUCUCGGACAUGCUGAAGCAUUGCAGGCGGCUGAAGGACCUCAGGCUGGAGCAGCCCUACUUCAGUGCCAAUGCCCAGUUCUUCCAGGCGCUGAGCCAGUGCUCUGCGCUGCAGCGCCUGUGUCUGGUGUCCCGCAGCGGCACCCUGCAGCCUGAGGCCGUGCUGGCCUUCAUGGCCCGCUGCCUGCACGUCGUCGUGUGCCACCUGUUCACCGGGGAGUCCCUCAGCACCUGCCGGAGCCUGCAGCAGUCCCUCCUGCGCAGUUUCCAGGCUGAGCGGCCCGCGCUGAACGUCGUCGUCUUCCCUCUGCUCCACGAGGGCCUGACCGAUGUCAUCCGGGACGUCCCCAUGGUGCACCUGGAUGAGGUCACCUUAUUUAAAAGCAGAGUGGCCGAGGAGCCGCCAAACCUGUGGUGGUGACAGGAACGGGCCCACCUGCUCGUCACCGCCCAUGGUCUCUGAGUCUCCGUGGCCGAGGAAGCAGGACCGCCUGGACUGCGUGUGGCCUCCGGCCUCUGCCACGGCUGCUGCUGCUGCCCCACCCACCCCGGGCCCCCCAAGAUCCCCCGUAGGUCACGGGAGGAGGGAGGCCUCUUCCCCGGCCAUCCCCCGGGGCUUCCUCUCGUGAGGACCCCAUGCUCCGUGACAUUCGGGCUGAGCUGAGGGAGGAGGAUGAGGUGGGAAGGGCUGGCUACGGGGUGUUCUUGAACUAAGACACGCGUUGCCAGGGCGCUGACCCGUCCGGGGCCAGGUCCCCAGAGCCCUUGGUGGCCCCAGUGCUGUCCCCUCCCUCCAGCCCCCAAGAAUGUCCCUUUGCUCUUGCAUUCCUGGUCACCUGCCGUUGGGCUCAGCAGAGGGGGCAGCCGGGGCCCCGGUGCAGGGGGUGCCGUGCUUGUGUGGGUGGACACGCUCCCUGUGUGAUGACCUGAGGCCCCUCCCUCGGCACCCGUGUGCCUGAGGUGGCGAGGGGCCUGCGCACACUGUGGCUGCAGAUUUGGGGCUCUCCUUUCUUUUGACCCAGUUUGUCUCCGGUGUUUCCAGCCAGAUGACGGCAGGUGGGGCGGUUCAGCCGCCCACCAGUCCCGACUUCCGGCUUCAGCCGCCGCAGGCCCCUAUGAAGACCCGUGUUUCUAGGGGCACAUGGAUAGACUCACCUCAGUAGGAGAACUUGACAUUAAAACCCGGAAAGGAUGUGUCA